AUGGCGAAACAAACUCAAACAUUCUUUCUUGAAGAAUGGCUUAAAGCCAACAGUGGCGCUAUCAGCAAUACCAACUCUACAAAUUCUACACCCCAAUCAGCUCGAGCCAUCAUCCAAGCAUGGGCUGAUCUUAGGGAAUCCCUCCAACAAAAAUCAUUCACUCAGCAACACUACCAAUCGUUACAGACUCUCUUAAAUUCCGGAAUUGCCCUUUAUGUUGCAGAUCCACAAGUUAAGCUUAUACUCGCUAUUCUAUCAGCACCAGACCUAUCUCUACCUUCUGAAUCAUACCCUCUCUUUCUCAGGCUUUUAUACAUAUGGGUUAGAAAAUCGUCUAAACCCUCUCCUGUGUUUAUUAAUUCUUCCAUCAAUGUCCUCUUUCAACUAUUUUCAUCUCAAUCUGUCACAAAUAAAAGCUCUUUAUUCUUCACUGAAUUCCUUCUUCUCCUUGGUGCUUUUUCUUUCAUCCCCUCAAUACCCGAAACCACAAGAACACAGUGUCUUGAUUUCUUCUGUAAAAUCAUGGAGGAAGAAUACAAGUUGGUUUCUUUAUUUGAUGAUCUUGUUCCAAGUGUACUUUCUGGAAUAGGGUAUGCUCUAUCUUCUUCAGGGAGUAUUCACUUUAUUCGAAUUCUUGAUACCUUAUUUGGAAUUUGGAAUAAAGAAGGAGGCCCUUCAAGUAGUGUACAGCAUGGUCUAAUGAUCUUACAUCUUGUUGAAUGGGUUCUCUACAAUUGUAUCCAAUCACAUGAGAAAAUCAUCAUCUAUUCAAGAGAGAUUCUAGAAUCCCACAAAUCACAAUAUGCUUCAUUUUCUAUUGUCAUGGGUGCAGCAGGAGCAUUAAGAGCUUCCAACAGGUCAAUAUCUUCUGGACUCAUGGAAUUAAGAAGCUCUGCUGAAAAACGACUUGAAAUCAUUGCAAAUGAAUACGUUUCCACAAAUGGAAACGAUAGUGUUUUGCUACAAUGCAUAUCAUUAGCUUUAGCUAGAAGUGGUGAUGUUUUCUCUAGAGAGAAACAUUCUCUUCUUUUAUGUCUCACUUCAGCAAUAUUAACUGAAAUCCUUCCUCUAAAACGUUUUUACACAAACAUUUACAUGAAUUCUAGUAACAAAGGAAAUCAUGAAGUUAAAGAACACCUACAUAGUGUCAUUUUCAAAGAGGCAGGAGUGAUAACUGGUGUUUUUUGCAAACAAUAUGCUCAAGCUAAUGAAGGUAGUAAGAAUAAAGUGGAGAAUCUUAUAUGGGACUUUUGUCAAGAUGUUUACAUGUCACAUCGCCAGGUGGCGUUAUUUCUCAAGGGAAAAGAUGAAGAGUUACUCCAAGAUUUGGAGAAGAUAACCGAGUCAGCUUUUCUUAUGGUGGUGUUUUUCUCUUUAGCUGUUACUAAACAGAAAUUAGUCCCGAAUAUUCCUAAAGAAAUUCAACUUGAUAUAUCAGUGAAAAUAUUAAUUUCAUUUUCUUGUUUGGAGUAUUUUCGGAGAAUGCGUUUGUCUGAAUACAUGGAUACAAUUAGAGGUGUUGCUGGAAGUGUUCAAGAAAAUGAAGCUGCUUGUGUUUCAUUUGUUGAGUCCAUUCCUUCAUAUGGCGACUUGACAAAAGUUCAUGUUUCUUCCAACAAAAUGGAGUUUACUUGGUGUAAAGAUGAAAUGCAAACUUCUAGAAUCUUAUUCUAUUUGCGUGUGAUUCCGACUUGUGCUGAAUACAUUCCAUCUUCAGUUUUCAGAAAAACCGUGGCUCCCAUUCUAUUUUUAUACAUGGGACAUCCAAAUGGGAAAGUGACUCGAGCCUCACAUUCAACAUUUGUAGCUUUCAUUUCUUCUGGGAAAGAUUAUGAUGAUGAACGAGUUUCAUUAAAGGAGCAGCUUGUUUACUAUUACAUGCAAAGAUCUUUAGAGGGGUAUCCUGGUGUAACACCAUUUGAAGGAAUGGCAUCUGGAGUUGCAGCAUUGGUUAGGUAUCUUCCUGCUGGAAGUCCUUGUAUAUUUUACUGUGUUCAUUGUCUAGUGGAAAAAGCAAGUAGCCUUUGUAGUGAAUUCCCAAAAGAGCCCAAUUCAUUGAAUGAUUUACACGAUGAAUUAGAGCCAUGUAAGAAGCUUCUAGAUUUACUACUCAGACUUCUCUCACUGGUUGAUAUACAGGUGUUGCCAAGUUUGAUGAAGCUUUUAGCACAACUGGUUGUGGAGCUUCCUGAAGAUGGACAAAACAUGGUGCUGAAUGACUUAUUUGCUCAAGUUGCUGAUUCAGAUGAUGUGACACGGAAACCAACACUUGUUUCUUGGGUGCAGUCUUUAUCUUAUCUCUCUUCUCAAGCUACAAUCAAAGGAGGAGGACACAGGAAGCAUGAAAAAUCUAAUGCUAUCAUUUGGAAUAAGGGCAGAUUGUUUGGGUUGAAUAGGAUCUUUGCACGAAUGUAAACUUGAUUGUUAUGUUGUUGUGACAUAUGAAUUAGUUUAUUAGUGUAGAUAUGCACCUUUAAUCACCUUUCUCUUCUUAACUCUUAAUCACACAC